CACCCUGCCAGCUCUGAGCUCCAGAGAGGAGGCCGGACGGAAAACUUGGCAUGGAUGAGCUUUUGUUACCGAGUGGCGAGGAGGAGGCGCGAUCCGACCAGAGCUCAUACGCUCCGGGAGACGCAGGGAAGACGAUGGGGGACCGGCUGAAGGCUUUCUUCAACCUGACGAACGGGGAGCUGAAGAGGACCGUGAGGGAUUUCUGCAAGAAGAACGGGCUGCUCACACUCUCGGUCAUCGCCGUGCUGACCGGCUGCACGCUGGGCUUUAUGCUGAGGGGGACCCAGCUGUCCACACAGGUAGGCCCGCUCUCACCUGUCAGACACAGAGGUUUUCUAACGGCUACCUGCGUGAUCCUGUCCUGUAAAUCUAUCCAUAUACACCUGCCAGGACUUAAGAGUCCAGAACUCUCUUUAACUGGUCUGCAGUCACUUCACAGUUUUAAAGUCUGGAGGUCCUUUUAAUGGAUGAAAUCAACCCCUUCAAGUUAGGAUUAAAAUCUUUCAUCAGUGCUUCUUCACAUGGAUGUGUCCUCUCUGCGCUUUAAUUUUGACCAUAAAAAUGUGGAGAAUUAUCUUUCUGGGGCGGGGGGGGUUACAUCGGCUCAAUAUCAACACCUUUGAUUCUCCAUCAUUCCCCGAGACAGAAAAUAUCUGAUAUUCAGAAAGUCACUGUGUUCUCAGGAUUUCAGUAAAACAGCACUAACCGGCCCUCACUAAAUUAAACUCAGAGCUGUACAGACUUCUGCGGUUUCAGAGAGAGGAGAGUAAGAGUGACUUACUGUAGUACUCUCCCUGUCAUGUGACCUGGACUCUCCUGGGCUGAUACUCUCUGCACUUUGUUUACUAAACUCCUGACAGAACCACCGGACAAUACUCUGUGCAACAACCCACGUAACUCUGCAAUAUUAUCUGUGAUGUGCAAUACAACAAUUCAUACACCAUCAUUUAUUGUGUGCAAUAUGGAAAUAUUAAUACCUCAUUUAUCCCACCAACUUAUCCUCCACUUCCUACAUUCACACUCAGCACCUACUGCUUCUCUUAUACUUUAUUCACCUUUAAUACAUCUUCGUUUUUUUUGGUAUCCUUAUUAUUUUAUUGUACCUCUCAGUACUUAUUGUGUGUUUUAUCUGUACUCCUUUGAGUCGAGCGGUCCUCUCAUUCAGGGCGUUUCAUUGCAUUGUUGACCUUGUUUAACAUGAACAUGACAAAUAAACUAAUCCUGAAUCUUGAAGCAGAAGUACCCCUGAGACAUUUUCACAUUCAGAGAUCAUCUUAGAAAUAUUUCUACAUUUACUAAUCAGUGGAGAAAAUGCUGAACCUUCUGUUCUGUUUGACUGGAAACUAGCGCUUCAUUCUUUUCUAAAGGUACAAAGUCCAUAUGACAGCUCAGGGAUGAGGAGACGAGCACAAGCCCCUGAACAUGUAUAGAAAACCUGCUGAAAACAACAUGUAAAUGCCCACAUGUGGGACUUACAAGCUUCAAUUUCAAUAAUAUCCAGGGCUGACACUAACUUUGUUCACAUGUUCCUCAGUUGAAAAAGUAAGGAGCACACUAAGAACUUUGGGGGAACCAUAAUAAUUGAAGAAAAUGUUCGAAAUUUGCCUUUAAAUUUAACACAAACAUUUUUCGAGGACAAAUUAGGGAAACAAAGAGGUGUGUCUUAUUGAUCGGCCUAAGUACUAUUAUAAGAAAUCAAUUUGAGGUCUUUUGGUCACAUGACAGUGAAGCUAUUGAAGGAAAACAGCCUUUUCUGAGAACAUCAACCGGUAAUUUAUUGACGGUCCCUUAUUCAACACCGACGUUGACAGUGAGGGUGUCGAGUAGAUUUAACCGCGCUGCUGUUGUUAUUCCCGGUUAUGGAGAGUGAGAAGACACCGGUAGAUCCUCAGAGAAUGUCCGUCAGAUAUCCAACCUAAAACUAACUUCACCGCCGUAUUUACAGGAAAAUAUAUCCAACCUAAAACUAACUUCACUGCCGUAUUUCCAGGAAAAUAUAUCCAACCUAAAACUAACUUCACCGCCGUAUUUACAGGAAAAUAUAUCCAACCUGAAACUAACUUCACCUCAGUAAUUCAUUUAUCAACAGGUCUAACGUUAAAAAAAGUUAAUAAAUCACACAAAUCUAUUAUUAUUAUUAUUAUUCACAGUUUGGCUCGGCGGCCUGUUAACAGACUGUAAACUCACCAUGUUUAGUCCAAAUCUCUUCCACAUCAGAACCUGUCCGGAUUCUCCUCCUCCUCUUUUUUCGGGUUUUACUCCGUCUGUCUGUGAAAGUUCUGGGUCCUUUGGUCACCCUCGACCUCCCUCAGUCCUUCAGUCCUCUCCUCUCCUCCUCCUCGAUCCUCCUGCUCUAAGCUAGCUGCUGAUGUCGCGGUUCCCGCCUCUUUCUCCGGUUGUUGUACCGGGUUAACUGAUGUCAGGAUACCCGCCUGUCGGUGGUCCUGUUACCGCUGUAUCUGGCUCCUGCUGGCGGUAGACCUAACCAGCCUCCUUCCCCGGUACCAGCCUCCUGCCCCGGCUCGGUUAGCUGUCGGUGAACCCGGUUAGCUGUAGCGGCGCGAGCCUCCUGCUGUAGCCGGUUUAGACCGGUACCAUGACCGCUGCAGCUGCUGCCCUCACCGCCGCCUGUGGAGGUUUUUCUGACUCGUUUGAAAGUCUCAUUAAACUCUCCCUUCUUGACAGUAAAAUUAACUCUCUCUUUCUGACAUGUUUAAGUUAAAAUGGUCACCGUUCCUCCUCUCUGUUUGCUCCUCAGCUGUGCCGAAUUUCAAAAGGUUUUUUUUCGGUGUCAGGGGGCGUGGUCUGUGUGCUGCGUUCGCGUUACCUCGGAAGUCAGAAGUCGGCGCUGAAAAUGACGUCACACCCGAGUUACCAACGUAAAGUUAUUUUAGCGCUUGCUUUAUAUCUGGACAAGGCAAGCGCUUAAAUAACCUUUAUAGAUGUAGCCAUCUUGUUUCAGGCCUCCGAUUUCGCUUUAGUCCGACGUUGUAACUGAAACGCUGGUAACUCGGGUGUGACGUCAUUUUCAGCUCCGACUUCUGAGGUAACGCGAACGCUUUUUAGUGCGUUCUGCAACAGAUCUGCGAUGCUUUUCAAUGGUGUCAAAUCUUAAUAAACAAAAUGAAAUUAUUUAAAUUAUUUUAAACAUUUUUAUAUAGGUUUUUUUUUUAUUUUUUAUGAGAGGUUCUGGAUCUGCCCAAAUAAGUACCAGAACACAGGGAGGCCAAAAUUAAGAGGUUCCGGAUCUUGUCCCGGCUCAACUGAACCCCUGCUAGAAACAGUUUUAGAGGGAAAAAAAAUCCAAAAGUGGAGAUUAAAAAAAAAUAACAACUCAGAUUUAUAAAUAUUCAAUCAGGAGUAAAGCACAGUAUUUAACAGUAAUUCACAGUAUUUUACGGUGGCUACAGUAUAUUACUGGGUCUUUUGUUCUUCAUCAGAAGACGUUAACUGUUGUGUUUUGAUGGUUUCUUACAUGAAAAAAGGAACUUUUGAUACUCCUCAUUGGAGUUUUUGAAACCACCUCCCCUCCUGUUGCUCUCUGAACUAAAAUACUCGGCUCCUGUGAACUCCACCGGCCCUCACAGAGUUUGUUUGCAGACAGUCAUGGACUGCUGAGCUGUGUCAGUGCUGCUGAAUCCACUGAGUCUAAUAACGCUCAGUCAUCAGUUUUUACAGCGUGAGUUUGCGCUCAUCCUCAUGUCUCCUCGUAGUCACUGUCAGUCACAUCAGCCACGCCCCACAUGAUGCUCAGUUAAUAAUCAAACCUAAUUGAUUCAUUCAGCAGCAGAACGUGGAAUUUGGUGUACAUGUAAACAUGACAGUCUGACUCCUGACUCAGUAACAUGGAUGUGAUCACUGCAGCAUCAGAACCCCGCCAACAGACCGCUUUACUGAGAAUCACUGACAGGUCUGUUCUGAGGUUCUAAGGUUCUCACCUGGUCCUCCUCCUGGUGUUUCUCACCUUUAAAUUGACCCACUAAUUCUGUGCAGGUCAGAGGAACACGCUGUUCUGGUAGAAAACAGCGUCAGUGAGCAUUACCGACACAGAGGGAGACUGCAGCCCGGCCAACUCCACCGUCAAUAAUCCUUCCAUUCAAUUAAUGGCUGUCAGCCUCUUACAGAGUUCCUCCUGGUCGGGUCGGGUCCAUUGUGUCUGCUCUGCUGGGCUCAGGCCCUCUGUGGUUAUUCUGGGAACAUUUGAGAAAGUCAACAAACUUAAACAGACACUUUUAGAGCGGACCUAAAUAAACCACUUAAGGAUUUAGGUGUAAAGGCACAGAAAAUACUGAACGAGCAAAAAAAGGCCGAGUCUUUACAUUUUAAAUCAGUCAAAGUCUGAGGACCACACUAAAAUACUCUAAAAUACUUUGAUACCGGAGCAUCAGAUGGAGCGGACUCUAAAUUCAGUUCAGCAGAAACAUUCAAACCACAAAAGAGCGAGCUGAUCACGUGUCAAUGAUGUCAAACCCUGAGAUAAAGUAUCACUGCAGCUAUCUGAUAAACAGGUGUUGUAGUCGGGAUCUGAGUUAGUUCCAGUUUUAGGAGAAAUCUUGUAUGUAAACUCUACCCCUCCCAACCUCCCUCUCUGCUCCAGCAAGCCCCGCCCACAAACAGACGCUCCUGCUCGCUCGUAUCGUUCCGAUUAAAUUCAGAUAUAAUGCAGAUAAAUACUUCAGAUAAUUACAAAUGGGGCCCAGUCAAGGUGAAAGUCAAAAGCAUUGGUGCUACUGUAGAUGCCAACAGACUACCAGCAAACACAAUGUUUGCAGGACUUCUACAACGAGGAUAAAGUGACAUAGUCCAGGACCCGAGGGAGGACAGUUUAGCGAUGGCGCUACAACACGCUACAGCAGGUCCGUUUGACAAGAAACACUUCUGUUACAGACACUUGUCUUACUUUGUUAAAGCGGUUAACCUGUCCAGCAGAAAGGUUACAGGGUCACCAAGAUCCCCAAGCGUCCCCCAUGGUUUAUGUUGACCCGGCUUUUUAGCUCUUGUCUGGUCUACCUCCGUUUUAAGCGCCCGUUAUUCCUCCAAAGACUGUUUUCUUUUUGACCGGUUUUUUGAUGACCGUUUUCUUGUUGACUGUUUUGGUGUUGACUGUUUUCUUGCUGACUGUUUUCUUGUUGACUGUUUUUUGUUGACUGUUUUGGUGUUGACUGUUUAUGGUUGACUGUUUUCUUGUUGACUGUUUAUGGUUGACUGUUUUCUUGUUGACUGUUUUUUUGCUGACUGUUUUCUUGUUGACUGUUUUGGUGUUGACUGUUUUCUUGCUGACUGUUUUCUUGUUGACUGUUUUUUGUUGACUGUUUUGGUGUUGACUGUUUAUGGUUGACUGUUUUCUUGUUGACUGAUUAUAGUUGACGUUUUCUUGCUGACUGUUUUCUUGUUGACUGUUUUUUGCUGACUGUUUUCUUGUUGACUGUUUUGGUGUUGACUGUUUAUGGUUGACUGUUUUCUUGUUGACUGUUUUCUUGUUGACUGAUUAUGGUUGACGUUUUCUUGUUGACUGUUUUCUUGCUGACUGUUUUCUUGUUGACUGAUUAUGGUUGACGUUUUCGUGGCCAAAGGAAGAUUCAGACAAUUUUCCGAACUUUCUGGUUGGUUUCUACUGUCCGAUAUUGUAGCACACUAACUUUGUUUGGGCUCCUGAACGACACGGGGGAGCAGCGUCUGCCUCACAACCAAUCAGGUUAGAGGAGGUGGAGAACGGCUUUGUUUACAGUCAGAAAGAGCGGACCGCUCAGAAAUGUUCAAAUGUUGACGACACAGACAGAAGAGAACACAGAGAUAUCGAUAUAUUACCAAAUAAUCAAUAACUAAAGAUUUUCUGUAAAUAAACCACAAAAUAAAGAUGUUUCUUUAACAGAUUCCUGCCGACUCCACCUUUAAAUCAACAUUUGAAAAACAUAAACGUGUUUAAAACAAACAGACGUUUCUCUGUAUCUGUAAUCUCUGGUCUGAAUACUCAGAAGAGUUGAAGGUCCUGCUGGGGGGAUUUGAACCUUUAACCCUUUAGUGAGUCACUGAAAUGACUAUAAAUAGGUUCAUUAUCAUUAACCUUACUUAACUUAAUUGGACCAGGAAGUCCUGCAGAGAUUGAAGUCUCUUGUUGGAGAGACCUGAGGAAGGUAUCAGCCGUAAAACGGUCUCCAUAAAUCAUCUUAAAUCUCCUUCAGAGGCGAGCACACAGUGGACUAAAAUCAGUGUUAUUACUCAGCGUGUUUGAGCUAAAGGGAGCUAAAUAUACCACCGCUCCGCUCUGAACCGUCUUUCCAGGAAGAAUGGGGUCUGGCUGCUCUGAGAAGACUUGAUCCAUCAGGGUCUGAAUGUGGAGGCAGAACCAGGCGGCUCAGAGAUGUUCAGCUGGUUUCACUGUCAGUGUCCUGUCUGUUUGUUGAUAUUUACUGAGGCUCUGUCAGUCUUUAGAAACAGACUCUGACUUUGACAAAGACACUGACUCUCUGAUUACUACACUGUGUUUCAUGAUCCGUAUGUUUUACUGUCUCUUUUGAAUUAUUUUCCGUUUCCAGUCUUUGGUUUGCUCCACGGUUGUUGACACGAUUGUGAGGCUGGUUGAGUUUUUGUGUUGGACAGAUCUCUGUAAAAACACUGUCAUCAUCUAGAUUUGUCUUCUGGUCUUCCUGACCUUUCCCCCUCAAUCCUGAGGGAUCUCUCCGCUCAUAUCGCUCUUAGAAUCUCUCAAACACUACAUUACCCAUAAGCCUUUGUCCAUUUUAGUAUGGGCUCCAUACAGAACUUUGAAAGGAAAGUUUUGGAUUAUAUCCUAUUGUAAAAUUAAUGCCCAGACUAAACUGGAUAAACUUUUUAUCCUCCACAGGCGAAAAUCUACUUCUCUUUUCCUGGAGAGCUGCUGAUGAGGAUGCUGAAGAUGCUCAUCCUUCCUCUCAUCACGUCCAGGUAGGUCCAUGCGCACAGCCAGAGAGACGUCACAGGAGACAAUCAGAAAGUCUGAGCGUCAAAUCUUGUCCCUGAUAGAGGAUUUCAGCUGCUCCACAGUUCAGGGUCUCCUUGGUCCUGUUUUUGGGGUCAUGAUGCUCUAAUAUCUCCAGGUUUAGGAGCAACAUCUGCUUCCAUCCAGACCAGGACUUUUUCAGGGAAGACGUUCAUAUGAUCCCAUGCUGUUGUCAGAAUGUGGUUUGGGAUCAUCUGAAGGUCUUCUCUGAAAAAGUCUUUGUCUGGAUGGAAGCAGAUGUUGCUCCUAAACCUGGAGAUCUUGUUUAACACUGAGGAUGCAGCAUCUAUGAUUUCCAGUUCUUCGUUGAAAGCACAACUGGACUUACUUGAGCUUUCUCUAGAGCAACGCCUCACGACAAAACGUGAAAGAGACACAAAGACCUCACAGAUAAACUCGGUCGGUCCUCAGGUCUGACUGUUGGAGAUUCAUGAUAAUGAGCGUCAGGUUCAGUUUUACUGAGUUUGAUGCUCUGCACUGUUAGCUCUGCACCUGGACCCCUGUAUGUAAACAUGAUUGACAGCUUCCCCGUGUGUCUGUGUGCAGUUUAAUGUCCGGUCUGUCAUCGAUGGAGUCCAAGGCGUGCUGUCGGAUGGGCGUCCUGACCGUCACUUACUACCUGUGGACCACCUUCAUCGCCGUGGUGGUCGGCAUCGUCCUCGUCAUCAUCAUCAAACCGGGCGUGGGGACGGAGAUGGACAGCAACCGGCUGGGAGGGGGGCCGGUCAUGACCUCAGCUGAUGCCCUGCUGGACCUCAUCAGGUGAGGGGGGUCAGAGGUCAGAUGGGAGGGGGGCAGGUACUAGAGGGCGGGACUGUUGAGCAGACAGCUGCUGUUUAUGCCGGUACCGUCCAAAGUGAGUUUGGAAACAUCAUCACAGUGGAUAUCGUCCAGUCGAAUGAGCUCUGAGGGGUGAACCGGGUCUGAAGGUCUGCUCGUAUUCUAACCUGUAUAACACCCAAUUUUCACCGCAUCCGGAACGGCGGCAAUUUUUGCAGUCCGCCAAUUCCUACCGAAUACGUUUGUGAAACAAAUUUCAUGGACCCGCAAAUUCCAGUGAUAAUGAGUGAUAACGACCAUGCGGUGAUUUCCACUCCAGAGUCCUGUCUGUUUUUAAUGCCCUGAGGUUCAGGACCAUCCAGUCUUGGUUUUGGUUUUGGUCCCUGUAAACCACAAGCUGUGAAUCAUCCAGGAAGAGUUUUCCUGAUUGAAGAACGUUUCAGACAAAUCUGAGACUCUCUGCAGGACAGUUUCAUCAUUUCCUCCUUCGACUGUCCGAAUCCUGUCAGGAAACACACCCACACAAACACACCCACACACAUGAAUCCAAUUAGAGUUGGGCUGAUCAGUGUAUUUUUAGUAAUCCCGUGGGGAUGAGUGACAGAUUAACCAAGUCAGCGUCGGAGAGGAGCAGUGAUCUCUGCUGCGGCACGUUGGCAGAGCGUGCUCACGAGCCACUCCACCACGGCAUCAUCCUGUUGACCUUCGACCCCAUGAAGGUCAGCUGAUCUGAAUGGCCUUCCCCUUCAGGUGUGUUUACUCUCCUGCUGCCUCACACCUCAGGUACAGAACACAGCAGCAUCAUUCAAAUACAUGGGUACUGUGUUUUUGAAAUCACAAAGGUCACGUCAGGUCAGGACAGAGAGGAGGGUCCCUCUGUAAUCUGGGUCUACAGGACCUUAUGUGUCCCCUUGCAUCUGUUCUUACUGGAUUCUCCAGCGUCCUCCCAGUCCAGGGCCGUGCUGAUGGUUAGAUGGUGAUUUCCAGUAGGUGUGUGUGACUGUCACAGGUGACCUGUCCAGGUGGUGCAAAGAGAGUGUUGAAGAAGAGCACAGAGCCUGAGGGACACCUGAUCACAGCUGCAGAGGAGCAGGUCUGAUCAGCUGUUCAUGGUGUGCACCAACCUGACAGAGCCGACUCACUGCUGGUUCAUAUGGUGGAGAAGGAAGGAUCCAGGAUGUGAUGGGGGUCGGACACAGGUGAUAGGGUGUGGAGGUUCCCGGGGUCGAGCAGCAGCAGCAGGAUGAUUGGUUGAUGAAGAGGUCACAGCAAAGCCUGCUUGGUGAAUACUGGAGAGCAGGGGUGGGCAACCAUGUACCAUGGAGGGCAGAGGAGCUGCAGGUUCUGUCCAACCCAAAACUCCAGCAGGUGAUUUCACUGAUGACCUCCAAGCAGAGAGCAGGGACUAAUCAGUGAAAUCACCUGGUUGGACAGAACCUGCAGCUUCUCGGCUCUCCAUGGCACAUGGUUGCCCACCCCUGCUGUAGAGUAAACAAUCAGAACCAUGUGAGAAGAAAAGCAGAGGGUGGAUGAGGUGAUGAAGAGAUGCUCCAUGAAGGAGGAAGGACAGUGUUCCUGCUUGAGCUUCUGCUGAUCAUUCAUGAUCACGUGCUCUCCGCUCUGUUUGUCUAAAGCAGACUCUGAUCCUUUGGCAUCCUCCCCCUCUUUCACUGGCUGUUGUGGUCAGGUGCUGAAAUCACUGCUGCUCUCAUUACCCUUCUCACCUGUUCUCAAACAUACCAGGCUGUAAACAACUGAUCUUCAUCAUCUGUCUAAUCUGGAUUAAUCAUCUUUGCUCAGUUCAAUCCCAGUGAAUUGUUCCAGUUUGAGUUUGGAGACUAAACGUUAUCCAAGUCUUUGUGUCCUGGAAGUGGAUCCAGAAAGUUUUGGUUAAUGUGUUUGUGAUUGAAAAGUUUCACAGCUGAAUCGAUCAUGUGACAUAUCUGUUACAACAUAAGAACGUGAGUCUUUGUUUGUCCACAGGAACAUGGUUCCCUCAAACCUGAUCGAGGCCACAUUUCAGCAGGUAACACCAAAACCACUUCAUGAGAAAAGAGACAAAGUUUGACUGAACCUCUCAAACUAAACCUGACCAUGUUCCUUCAGUACAAAACGGACCUCAUCCCCAUCCUCAAAGUCCCGGCCAGAACCAUCCAGCCAAACUUCGUCUACGUCAUCCCCGAUGACAGCGACCCCAAAGGCCGGACGGUGUACCUGGAGCUGACCCCUCCACCGGAGAUCGUGUACAAGACGAGUCCGGGGACCAGCCAGCAGAUGAACGUGCUUGGCAUCGUCAUCUUCUCCGCCACCAUGGGUGAGCACGCUGGUUAAAAGCAGGUCUUUUAUUUUGAAAGGGUGGCAGGAGGGACAAGGAUCUGGGGCCACAGAGUUUCCUCUGAGUAGGACACCGGACCCUCACUGACAUGACGUCAUGAAGUUUUUAUUUCUUUAUCUUAUUUUGAAAAGUUUUUAUCAACUUUGUUUGCAGUGAAAAUAAAAUGAUGUUAUUUUGUUUUCUUUCAGGCUUGUUGUUGGGCAGGAUGGGAGAGCGAGGAGCUCCUCUGGUCAACGUCUGUCAGUGCAUCAACGAGUGCGUGAUGAAGAUCAUCAACGCUGCUGUGUGGUGAGGGAAAUCCACAACUCUGAGAGCACAAACACACAGUACACAAAAGACACACACAGUACACACUCUCUCUCUUGUUCCAUCUGUUGGUUGACUUCUGUUCAGAGCUGCUGUAGAUCUUUGCUCCUCUCUCUUCUUCAUGUUCGUCUGCAGUGAGCGCACUCUCUCUGUCUGUUGAAGAUUGUUGGUUCGAAUCCCCGCUCAGACAGAGUUCUGUCUUUGUGGUGUUUUUCUGUUUUCCUUCAUGGAUGUCCGUCACAUACUUUCAGUCCAAAGUCAUACCUGUUGGGUCGAUCACUGACUCUGAACCUUUGUUAGUGUCCGUCUGUCUGUUAACUCAGAGGUCAGCAGGUCACAUGUCAAGGUGAAUUGACCCAUGAUAGAUAGAUGGACCAUUAGGAGCAGAUCUGAGCACAUGGAUCUGGACUGUAGAGGAGAUGUUCAUGGUGCAGGCUGCAGUAUGAGACAUGGAUUAGUGUCUCCAGGAGGUCUGACAUGUUCCCCAUCACUGAGGAGUCUAUGAAUGAGGGGCGAUAUCGUGGUCUGAUCUAUCAGUCAUCUUCACUGGGUCUGAUCUGAGAGUCCUUACAUGCAGACCAGAGACCAGAGACCUGGACUGGUUUAAGAGAGCUCUGGUGAGGUCUAUUUGACUGGAUCUGGUGCUCAGAGGCUGUUAACCAACAUCAGGGACUGAGACUCCAGGAGCUGAUCUGGUCUGUCUGUGGAUCUGUGGAUUUCUGGAUUAUUGUUUCUUUUUAUUGAGGCUUCAGUUUGACACCUGAACAACAUCCUGCUCAUUAAACCCCUGCCUGGUGGCCCUGCAGGUGGUCCCUGUGGUCCCGGUUCAUCGGUCUGUAUCUGUGCUGUAAUGUUCUCACUGUUGCUGAUCUGUGGAGUUAGCCUUCCUCUGGCUCACAGGAGGAUUUUGUGAAUCUGACCUGAUGACCUGUCAGCUGAUCAGGUGGUGCAAACGUGCUCACAGUGACAUCGUGGUGCAGCACCUGAGCAGAUUAAACACAACAGAUGGGUCCAGAGAGACCUGAACGCUGACAGGAUACAGAGUGUUAAACAUGUUUCUACCAAAACUACAGAUCUGAAAAUACUCAGAGUCCAACAAAACCAGUCCGGUACUGGAGCAGAGAAGUGUUACCCCCAAUUUUCACUGCAUACGGAAUGUCUCCCAUCCAGAUCCGUUUGUGAGGUGAAUUUCAUGGCGAAUUACUACCAGCAGGAAUCACGAGAACUCACAAGAAUCAGUGACAUCAGUCGUUAGCGAAUCACAUAAAGGCUCGGAGAGAUCUCGUUUUGAAUAGUCAAAUCUAUUUUCUAGGGUUAUGAUGUUCUUGGUUUAAAACUUUGCAUAGCUUUGGACACCAAACUCUGUAACUUUGUAUUUUCUGUUGAAGAACAGUACCUCAUCAGUUCACCGUCCUGUUCUCCGUUUCAGGUACUUUCCGUUCGGGAUCAUCUUCCUGGUGGCCGGGAAGAUCCUGGACAUGCAGGACCCGAGCACGCUGGGGAAGAAGUUGGGCUGGUACGGCAUCACUGUGCUCUCUGGCCUCUUUGUCCACGGGCUCAUCCUCCUCCCUCUUUUCUACUUCAUCCUCACCAAGAAGAACCCCUUCUCUUACAUUCGCGGGUUGCUGCAGGCCAUGGUGAUCGCCCUGGCCACCUCCUCCAGGUCAGACUCCACAGCAGUCCUGGUUCAACCUGCUGAUCUGUCUGUGGGUGCAGGUUUUUAACGAGGUUUCAAUGCUCUCUUCUCAGCUCUGCCACGCUUCCCAUCACCAUGAAGUGUCUGCUGGAAAACUGCAACGUUGACCGACAGAUCGCCCGAUUUGUCUUGCCUGUUGGCGCCACCAUCAACAUGGAUGGCACGGCGCUGUACGAAGCGGUGGCAGCCAUCUUUAUUGCUCAGGUUAAUGACUAUGAGCUUGACUUUGGCCAGUUGGUCACCAUCAGGUAAUCCAAACUUCCUCUGAGACAUAUCUAACCUUGAUCAGAGACUGUGUUCCUGCUGUCUGAUGAUCUCGUGUUUCGCUCAGUCUGGGCUGUUUUCAUUGGUCGCUCAGACACCAUGAACCUUUCAGACUGAGAACUGCUCUGUUUGACUUCCUCCUGUGUUUGUUUGCUUGUCUGUCCUGCAGCAUCACAGCUACAGCUGCUAGCAUCGGUGCAGCAGGGAUCCCACAGGCUGGUCUGGUUACCAUGGUGAUUGUGUUAACAUCAGUAGGGCUUCCUCCGGACGACAUCACACUCAUUGUUGCCAUCGACUGGAUCCUGUAAGUCUGCUCUCUGCAGAAGGAACUUCAGUAUUAGAAGUAAAGACAGUUUCUCACCCCCAAUUUUCACAGCAUCCGGAACGACUCCAAUCUGGAACAACGGCGAUUUUCACCAUCCGCCAAUUCUUACGGCGGAUUACAGACAGCGGUAAUCGCAAGAAUUCACAAGAACCUGCAGAUUCACGUUCAAUCGCACGAUGACGAGUCGUCUCUAUAAAGACAGACACAUAGACAUAUAAGCAGUAGAUCGUGUCCUUCCAGAGGAGGAAAUCUACUUCUAGACUUCUAGAAUCAGCAUCUCCUCAUCCAUGGUGUCAUCGGGGUGAAAUGACGUCUAAAAACCUUUCACUUGUUCGUCUCCGCCCGUUUGCAUGGUGUGAAAUACGAUCCUCCUGAAACACGGAGUGUUUUAUUUUGAAAAGAAGACGGAUGUUUUAUUUUGUGUCUGUGCCCGACUUCCUUUCCAGCACGGGUUAAUCUGUGCUGAAUUUAUCCGCCAUGCUCCGGCGUCCAGAAAAACUAGAACUCUUGUGAUCAGCUGAGGAGUCCGGCGAUCCGCAGAGGAACGGAAAGAAGUCGGUGUAAAUUGACACGUUAACUUGAAUGGUUACGAUCAGCUACGAUCGGAGGAUACGACCUUUUAGGAGACGGUCAGGAUGAAGGUGGAAGUUGGGGUUGACUCUGUCCUGGCUGAGAAGAACAGAAACCAGCUGCUCACUGUUUGUUUGGCCGUUUGCACUGAAGCCCAAAAAUUUAAAAUACUCAACAGUUCCAGUACAAACAAUAUACAACAAACAACCUGGUGUGUCGAGUGUUGACAAAGUGUCUCAAAGCUGUACAGAGUCUUAUAUCCAGAGUCUGAGUUUCUCUUUAUCGCUUCUGUCUCUGCAGGGACCGGUUCAGGACCAUGAUCAACGUCCUUGGCGAUGCUCUGGCGGCGGGAAUCAUCGCCCAUCUUUGUCGCAAAGAUUUUCCCCUCAGUGAAUCAGGAAAGGUAAAAUCAAAAUACGCCAUGCACCCACCCAUCGAACUCUGGCUACUGCUUUUCCCUCUUUUAGAGGUCAAGGGGUCUCCUCUCAAGGGGAGAGAGACACUCACUCGUCCCAGUAAACCCAGUUCAACAGUAUUAUCAGGAUGACUCCCACUGCCCUCGUGUUUUGUUAUCCUCUCUGAAGGAUGGCUUAAAUCCUUAAAUCCUGUUCUGGUCUGGACCAAGUACCUUCUCCAAACUAAACACAGAGGAAACAGAAGAGAGAGUAUUUUUUCUGUGGACUGUUGAACUCUUUCUUCGAGAACCACUCCACGUUAAAACUGUGGUUUAUCUCAUCGGCAGCUUGAGUAAUAGUGAUAUUCUGUGGCUGGUGGGGUCCAGGUUUCAAACCUGUGUUCCAGUUUAAAAUCCCCCUCGUUCAUCUUUAAAGUUAGCCAGCACAACACAAAUAUCUGUAUCUUGUCAAGAAAAGGUUAGCUAACUUCUAGCAGUUUAGCGGCUUGAAUGACAGCAGCCAAUCACAGAAACCGCUUUGAAUUAUCAGCCAAUCAAGUCUUAAAAAUCAUAUGAUGGCAGGUGCAAUUUUUUCGUCGGCACACACAAUUUAGCGCUGCUCAGUAGAUCAGGCCAUAUGAAAUUUUUGGGAGCCAAUGACGUGGGAAGUGAGCCGGCGCACUUGUGACACUGAGGUAGAGGGAUUUAAAGUUUGUACAUAAAAGAGCAAAGUUUACCAGAGUCUAAUUCCUUGUAUGUGUCAUAAAUCUGACUCUGAUCACUUCUGUUAGGAAACAUCAACCUAAACCUAAGCAGAAGUUGUUACUUCAUUCACACCUGUCAGGUUGGAUUAGAUUAUGGCAGUCCUUCAAGUUGGACCAACAGCCAGAACAGAUUAACUCUGACCCAUGUUGAUCCUGUGUUGAUCCACUCUCUCUCCCUGAUUCUUGUUUCUAGGCAGACGAGUCCUUUAAUAACCGAGACAGAAACAUCUGUUUAUUUAUCAGAGUUAGAUUUAAAACUUCUUUCACGGUUCAGUUUUAACUUCGUUUGAGACACCUGAGACUGAGGUAUGUUUCUGUUUGUUGUUGUUUUUUGCAGCAUGUCCCAUCCUACGGUACCCAGAACCCCCAUGCCCACAACAACUCCCACAGCGUGGACGUGCCAAUGACGGAGCUCCACACACACAAUAACAGCAUGUAUGAGGAACGGCAUGCACAUACAGUCUACUACAACAUCUGUCAGGUGUGAUUGGACCAGACCCGUCAGCUUGUCUGAAGACAUAUCUGAGCCUGUGACCUCCUGGUCAGAGCUCACUGUGCCACCUGAACCUGGGUGUUCAGAAGAGAUGGACUUUGUGGUCACAAAGCAUGACCAUGUCCUGUAAGAGGAGGAAACUGUGCAGCAGCGGCUUUCAGCUUCAAACCGGAGACUCAGGAGUUUGACCAGAGGGAACGAUGUAUCCAAGCAGCACGACAAACUCGCCAUCAAAGCUGGUGAGCUGGCUAGCCUGGUUUCCAAGAGUGAAGAUUGUUGCCACAUAACAACCAGAGAAAACAAGCAAUGUUGCUGAUUGCCGUUGAACAGCAAACAAGACAAAGAUCUGCAAGUGAGGAAUAUGGGUACACAACGCCUUCCUGGAGCAGGUACAUCCUUUGGUCAGAUUGUUGCACCUGGAAGAUCGAGAAACCUCUGUUAUUGCCAACUAUUCCUUCCACAAGAGGGAGUUUUGAGUGACUUGACUGAACAUCAUGUGUUUUGUGACUUUGAAAAUGUUCAUAAAUCCAGCGUCUAGUUGGCCAAAGUUCAGUUUUGUUCAACUACAUGGAGAACUGGGGGCUACAGCUAUCACUGAGGGCAUUCAUCAAC